AUGGGAAAGACUUGUCUUAUGACUACGUCCCUGUCGCUUCUCCUCCUCUUCCUUCAAACCCUAAAACAUGUUCACGCCGGCGAAAUCUGCUAUGGAGACUUUUUCAUCGUUUAUUACGGCGUCAAUCGUGACAAACUCUUCUCUUCUCUUCCUUCUAACGUCGUCAAUAACGGCGGUUUCUACAACGCAUCACUUGGCAGAGAUUCCGGAAACAACAGAGUCCAUGUUGUUGCCUUAUGCAACCGAGGCUACGAGAACCAAGCUUGUAAGACAUGUCUCGAGCACGUCAUUGAAAACACAAAAGCCAAGUACAGAAUCAUACAAGGAGUUGCAAGAGGGCUUCUUUAUCUCCAUGAAGAUUCUCAGUUGAGGAUUAUUCACCGGGAUUUGAAGGCAAGCAAUAUUCUUUUAGACGCUGAGAUGAACCCUAAAGUUGCAGACUUUGGGAUGGCGAGGCUGUUCAACAUGGACCAGACUCGAGGAGUGACAAGCAAAGUGUGGAAGAGGUGGAUUGAAGGAAAAUCUGCAGAGAUCAUCGAUCCUUUAGCUGCGCCGAGUCACAACAUCUCAAGAAACCAAAUAAUGAAGCUAAUUCACAUAGGUUUAUUGUGUGUUCAAGAGGAUUUUACCAAAAGGCCAACCAUUAAUUCAAUACUCGAAUGGCUUGAAACUCGCGUUGCUACCACCAUGGAUCUGCCCACGCCUGUUGCCUUUCUUACGGCACCACCAUCAUCAUCACCAUCACCAUCAUCAUCACCAUAACCAUUACUGCACCACUAAUGUGUUAUGUGCCAUCAAACAUGUUUGUAUACUUCUUUUACUUCUUUGGCUCUCUUUGUACAAUCAAUGAGAUGCCGUGUAGUACAAACAAACUUAUGUUCUGUUUUUUUUUUCUUAAGAUGAUAAUAAGUGUGGCUCGUAGUAUUAUCUUUUAAAUGUCCAACACUCCAAAAUUUUACAGAGAAAGAAGUAACUUUAU